GGAAAGGGUAAUGCCAAAGUCAAAUAAAAAUACCGAAAAAGAAGGGAUUGAGAUCAACGAUGGUGCCGAUUCUUCUUUCGAUCUAACUCUGCUCAAAGAGGCUAUCGACCAUGUCCCAACGAAGAACAACUCAUUCGAUCUGACUUCAAUGGCUCUUGCAAUAUCAUCGGUGGAUCGUAAGUGCAGCAAACGGAGACUUUCAGCGAUGAAGAGAAAUAUCAAAUCAACGGCUGAGAAGGAAUCUACGAUGCAGCGAUUGCGAGCUCUUAUAAUGAUUUGCGAUAAAUACUCUUGUAAAAGUUAAUUAGCGUUUCGCAAAUGAUAUGAAGAUUGUCUGUUGGUUCUCUCAUCAUGAUUCAUAAAAACCCUUUAGCCUUGGCUUCGAUACUGAGAUUAGGAUUGAGUGAAACUGAUGUCGCAGUUGCGCUCCUCUCAACAAAUCAUCUGCGUAGAUGUUCAAUAGUUUCCUUGACAUGUAGCAUCAUAAGUUGAUAUACCCCUUAUUUAACAAUCGAUCCAGAGAGAGAAAAAAAUUGUUUUAAGUUUCCA